GAGAUAUAGAACCCACUUGCUCCAAAGAUAUAGAAGUACUAGAACCCAACUUGCUCCAAGCAGAUAGCUAGGCUCCAAAAACACAAAGCUUCAAACAGCUCCGAUGGCCAUACUUGGGUACGCAGAGAUACUUGUAGCCUUUUUUUGCUUCCUUUUUCUUUGGCAUUGGAGAUGGAACAGAGACUCUCCCAUCAUAAACUGGCCGGUCGUCGGAAUGCUUCCGGCGCUUCUUCGAAAUGCGUCGAAUGUCCACGAGUUCGUAACCCAUGCUCUCAAACAUUACGGGGGAACUUUCGAGUUUAAGGGCCCUUGGUUCACUAACAUGAACUUUGUGAUCACCAGUGAUCCCAUGAACAUCCACCAAAUUAUGAGCAGAAACUUUUCGAACUACACUAAAGGGCCCGAGUUUCGGGAGAUUUUCGAACCUCUGGGAGAUGGGAUUUUCAAUUCUGAUUCCGACUCGUGGAAGCACCAGAGGAAGCUGAUUCAUUCGUUGAUAAAAAACAGCCAGUUCGAGUUGUUCUUGAAGCAAGUUGUGCAGGACAAGGUGGAAAAGGGCCUCGUUCCUGUUCUCGAUCGCGUCUCUAGUCUUGGAAUCGAGGUGAAUUUACAAGAUGUUUUUCAGCGGUUCACUUUUGAUAACAUUUGCUUGAUGGUUUUGGGUUUUGAUACAAACUGCCUCUCAAUUGAAUUCCCGAACGUUGCGUAUGAAAAGGCGUUUGAUCAAAUAGAGGAGAGCGUCUUUUCCCGACACAUAGUCCCAGAAAGCAUCUGGAAGUUGCAGAGAUGGCUUCAACUCGGAGAAGAGAAGAAGCUAAGCAAGGCCUGGAAAGUUCUCGAUCAAUUUGUGUACAACUGCAUCUCAUCCAAGCGUGAAGAACUAAGCAAAGACACGACCCAGAAAUCAAAGGAAGCAAACUUCGACUUACUCACAGCUUAUAUAGAGCAAGAUGGAGGAGCAGAAACGGUCGGUUUCACAAAAUUUUCCAACAAGUUCUUAAGGGACGCGGCAUUCAAUCUCAUGCUGGCAGGUAGGGAUACCGUAAGCGCAGGCCUCACCUGGUUGCUAUGGCUUGUUGCCACGCACCCAUCAGUGGAAGCUAAGAUUGUGGAAGAGAUCAGAGACCAUUUGCUCGUUAACAACGAGAUCAAGUGGGGUAUAGACGAGCUAAACAAGCUUGUUUAUCUCCACGGAGCCAUAUGUGAGUCGUUACGGCUUUUCCCAUCUGUACCUUUCGAACACAAGUACGCAGUUCAAUCCGACAUUCUUCCCAGCGGCCACCGUAUUAGCCCAAGUACGAGACUGUUGUACUCUGCAUACACAAUGGGAAGGAUGGAAGGUAUAUGGGGCGGAGAUUGCUUGGAGUUCAAGCCAGAGAGAUGGAUAUCGGAGCAAGGAAGAAUCGUGCAUGUACCAUCUUACAAGUUCAUAGCAUUUAAUGCAGGUCCAAGGACUUGUUUGGGUAAGGACAUGAGUUUCAUUCAAAUGAAAAUAGUUGCAAGCUCUAUCAUUUGGAAUUAUCGUGUUCAAGUAGUUGAAGGUCAUCCCGUUUUGCCGAGCAUCUCCAUUAUACUCCAUAUGAAACAUGGUUUGAAGGUUAGGGUCACCAGAAGAGAUCUUUGAUGAAGAAGAGUACUGUUUAAUUUAUGAGGAAGAUCUCAGCUAGCUUUGUCUGUUAUCCAAUCCCUGGACCCCAUGGGAAAAAUAAUUGAUGGGAGAAAUAAAUGCGUGGACAUUAUUGCUCAUGAAAUUGAAUUUUUCUUUUGUGGCUUAGAGGUUUCUCGAGAUCCAAAUUUUUAGGAUAUGUACAAAUUUGUCAACGUCAAUAAAUUUUGAAGCAUAA